UGCGCUGGAAGAGGAGCAGAAGAAGACCUGAGAAGAUGAAGGAGAGCACUUGACAGAAGCGUGUUUAGCUUGCUAGCUAAAUAACCGCACAGCUAAGCGCUUAAACUCUAAUGCUUCCUCCGCUCGGAGUCCAAUCCACCUCUAUAAGGGCACCAGGACUUAAUAUUUAGGACAAGAGUUCACUGGACAGCGCGUUUCGGAGCUUGGCAGCCAUGCAGAUCACACUGAAGACCCUGCAACAACAAACCAUUCAUAUCGACAUCGACGACGACCAGACGGUGAAGGCCUUGAAAGAGAAGAUAGAGGCAGAGAAAGGCAGGGACAGUUUUCCAGUUUCAGGGCAGAAGCUGAUCUAUGCGGGCAAAAUUCUGCAAGAUGAUACGCCGAUCAAAGAGUACAAAAUCGAUGAGAAGAACUUUGUCGUUGUCAUGGUAUCGAAGCCAAAGCCUCCACCAGCGCCUGAGCCGCCAAAGUCUGUUUCCACAGCAACACCAUCCGCUUCGUCGUCCACUCCCCCUGUUCCCAGUCCAGCAGCUAUACCUUUCUUCUCUGAUGAGGAAACAUCACCAUGUGACCCACCUGCUACAGUCUCACCGACACACAGCCCAGAACAUCCUGAUCUUGGUGAAGAAGAAGAGGAUUCAUCUUCAGUAUUAGAUCCGGAGUACCAGUCUAUGUUAACACGGAUCAUGUCUAUGGGCUAUGAGAGGGAGAGAGUGGUGGCCGCUCUGAGGGCCAGUUUCAAUGACCCUAACCGCGCUGUGGAGUACCUACUUAAUGGUAUUCCUACAGUCCCUGUGCAGGAGACCAGCCCUGCUUCUGCUCGCAUACCUGGCACAGACACACACUCAACUGAAGGAGAGAACCCUCUGGAGUUCUUGCGUUCUCAGCCACAGUUCCAGAAUAUGCGGCAUCUGGUCCAGCAGAACCCAUCCUUACUGCCCUCACUGCUGCAGCAGCUGGGCCGAGAGAACCCAGAGCUCCUGCAGCAAAUCAGGCAACACCAGGAGCUGUUUAUUCAGAUGUUGAAUGCACCAGCGGGGGAGGGGCCCGAGGGGGCGGAGCAUGCUGACUUGGGAGCCAUGGGAGAUGAAGGAGCACCUGUGGAUUACAUCCAGGUUACAGCACAGGAGAAAGAAGCCAUUGAGAGGUUAAAAGCUCUGGGUUUCCCCGAGGCGUUGGUGGUGCAGGCCUAUUUCGCCUGUGAGAAAAACGAAAACCUGGCUGCAAACUUCCUACUCAAUCAGGAUGAAUGAGAUCCACAAACCCGCCUCCCUCUUCAAAGCCAUGCCCCUUCACCAUCCUACACUCAAGCGCCGUGUUCUCUUUAGGCACCAGUACUUGCUAUCAUUGCAUUCAGUUAGGGCAAAUGAAUAAAGCUGAGCAGAGCUGUA